AUGACUCCUCCUCCAGGUUUUGAAGCGCAUUGGGAUUCAGGGAAUGAUUCUAUAGAAAUUGACAAGUUGAAACAGAAGAUGGCAGAAGAGUUUGGGAUUAAAGAUCUCGGUAAUUUGAGAUAUUUCUUAGGCAUGGAGGUAGCGAGAUCAAAGGAAGGGAUCUCAGUAUCUAAGAGGAAAUAUACACUAGACCUGUUACGAGAGAUUGGGAUGACUAGAUGUAAACCUACAGAUACACCUGUAGAGGUUAACAACAAUCUGGUAGAAUCAGUAGACGACAUUCCAGUGAACAAGAAAAGAUAUCAACGACUUCUAGGGAAACUGAUAUAUCUCUCACACACUAGACUUGAUAUUUCAUAUGCAAUCAGUUUAGUGAGCCAGUUUAUCCAGUCCCCAUAUGUGAGACACAUGGAGGCUGUUACUCAAAUUCUGAGAUAUCUAAAGUCGACACCUAGAAAGGGCUUGGUGUUCAGGAAAAAUGAUAGAAGAUGCAUCGAAGCAUACACAGACUCAGACUGGGCCGGUUCUGUUACUGAUAGGAAGUCAACUUCGAGAUAUUGUACCUUUGUAUGGGGAAAUUUAGUCACAUGGAGGAGUAAGAAACAGGGUGUCGUGGCUAGAAGCAGUGCCGAAGCUGAAUACGGGGCUAUGAACUUGGGCAUUUGUGAGGAAAUUUGGUUGAAGAAGGUAUUAGUAGAUCUUCAUCAAGAGAGUCAUCACCCAAUGAGACUCUACUAUGACAACAAGGCUACCAUUAAUAUUGCCAAUAACCCCAUUCAGCAUGAUAGAACCAAACAUGUUGAGAUAGACCGACAUUUCAUCAAAGAGAAACUAGACAACGGUAGCAUUUGUAUCCCCUAUGUCCCAUCCAGUCAACAUAUUGCGGAUGUCCUGACCAAGGGGUUACCUAGAUAG